GGCGCCCUCUUCCCCAUGAGUGGUGGCUGGCCUGGGGGCCAAGCCUGCCUCCCCGCUGCUCAGAUGGCCCUGGACCUGGUGAAUAAGAGGACUGACAUACUUCCAGACUACGAGCUGGAGCUGAUACACUAUGACAGUAUGUGUGAUCCAGGGGAAGCCACCAAACUGCUAUAUGACCUUCUGUACACGGAGCCAAUUAAGAUAGUUCUGAUGCCGGGGUGCAGCUCCGUGUCCACCCUGGUGGCCGAGGCUGCUCGUAUGUGGAACCUCAUAGUGUUGUCCUAUGGCUCCAGCUCUCCGGCUCUUUCCAAUCGCCAGCGUUUUCCCACCUUUUUCCGCACUCAUCCGUCUGCCACCCUGCACAACCCCACUCGUGUGCAGCUCUUCCAGAAGUGGAAAUGGACGAAGAUUGCCACCAUUCAGCAGACAACAGAAGUGUUUACAUCAACUCUAGAUGAUCUUGAGGAGAGAGUCAAAGAAGCAGGAAUUGAAAUCAGCGUUCGCCAGAGCUUCCUCACCGAUCCAGCUGUGGCUGUCAAAAACCUCAAGCGCCAGGAUGCCAGAAUUAUUGUUGGCCUCUUCUAUGAGACGGAAGCCAGGAAGGUCUUCUGUGAGGUAUAUAAAGAAAAGCUGUAUGGGAAGAAGUAUGUGUGGUUCCUUAUCGGCUGGUAUGCAGACAACUGGUUUAAGAUCAAGGACCCAUCUAUCAACUGCACAGUGGAGCAGAUGACAGAGGCUGUGGAGGGUCAUGUGACCACUGAGAUUGUCAUGCUCAACCCAGAGACAGUGCGAGGAGCCUCCAACCUGACCUCCCAGGAGUUUCUAGCCCAGCUGAUGAAUAAACUCGGGGGUAAAAAUCCAGAAGAGACUGGUGGUUUCCAGGAAGCCCCGCUGGCCUAUGAUGCUGUUUGGGCUCUUGCUCUGGCCCUCAACAAGACUGUGGGGCCUCUAAAGUCCAUUGGUCAUCGGCUAGAAGAUUUCAACUACAACAAUCGAGGUAUCACAACCGAGAUCUACCGAGCCCUCAACACCAGCUCCUUUGAAGGAGUUUCAGGUCACGUUGUGUUUGACGCUCAAGGUUCUCGCAUGGCCUGGACCCUCAUUGAACAGCUUCAAGGAGGGAGUUAUAAGAAGAUUGGAUACUACGACAGCACUAAAGGCAAUCUGUCCUGGUAUGGGAAUGACAAGUGGAUAGGCUCUGGACCACCUGCAGACCAGACAGUGGUCAUAGAGGAGUUUCGCUACCUGUCCCAAAAACUCUUUGUGUCAGUGUCUGUCUUUGCUGGGUUGGGCAUCCUGCUGGGAAUUGUUUGCCUCACCUUCAACAUCUACAACAGCAAUGUCAGGUACAUUCAGAACUCUCAGCCCUACCUUAACAACAUGACUGCAGUGGGUUGUAUGAUGGCUCUAGCUGCUGUCUUCCCUCUGGGCAUUGAUGGUCUACAUGUCCACAGGAGGCAGUUCCCUGUCGUCUGCCAGUUCCGCCUGUGGCUGCUCGGUCUGGGUUUCAGCCUUGCUUAUGGCAGCAUGUUCACCAAGAUCUGGUGGGUCCACACAGUCUUUACCAAGAAGGAUGAAAAGAAGGAUAAGAGGAAGCACCUGGAGCCAUGGAAACUCUACACUACUGUUGGCAUUCUGCUUGGCAUCGAUGUCCUGUCUCUCAUGAUCUGGCAGAUUGUGGAUCCGUUACAUAUCACAGUGGAGAAAUUCACCAGAGAAGCCCCAAAAGGAGACCUGGAUGUUUUGAUCCAGCCAUUACUGGAGCACUGCAGCUCAGAAAAGAUGAACACUUGGCUAGGUGUGGUGUAUGGUUAUAAAGGCUUACUGCUGCUGCUUGGCAUCUUCCUGGCCUAUGAGACCAAGUCCAUCUCCACAGAGAAGAUCAAUGACCACCGAGCUGUGGGCAUGGCCAUCUAUAAUGUUGCUGUGCUGUGUAUGAUCACAGCUCCGGUCACAAUGAUCCUGUCCUCCCAGCAGGACGCCUCCUUUGCCUUUGCCUCCCUGGCCAUUGUCUUUUCAGUCUACAUCACCCUGGUGGUUCUGUUCAUUCCCAAGAUGCGGCGCCUGAUCACACGAGGUGAAUGGCAAUCAGACGCGCAGGAGACCAUGAAGACCGGCUCGUCCACCAACAACAACGAUGAGGAGAAAUCCAGACAGCUGGAGAGAGAGAACAAAGAGUUACAGAAGAUCAUCCAAGAGAAAGAAGAACGUGUGUCAGAGCUGAGGAACCAGCUCUCUGAGCGACAGGCCCUGCGAUCAAGGAGAAGAGCAUCCACCAUUACUAAUCAGAACCACAGCUCUCCCCCACUCACCAUCCCCCAGAGUGACCCCAGAUCCCUGGCCCCUCCUCCAGGGUACCCAGCCCCCACCUCUGACCUCCACCCUGUUCCUCCGUCCUUUGCCAACUCAUCCAGCCUCUACCAGCCGGACAGCAAGAUCAGCCGCAAUAACUGCCACACCAGUCGACUGCAGCUGCUUUACAAGUGA